CCAGACAGAAACUCCUUGAAGAAGCCAGCUUCCACUUUCAAACACUGUCUCCGACAUGAAUACUCAAAUACCGCUUCAAGUGUCACUCUUCAUCCCUCUGAAUCGAAACCCUUCAUUUUCAUUCUCACCUUUUCGUUGGAACCAAACGCCAUUUGGGGUUCGUAAAAUCCCGCGCUUUGUGGUGAGUGCAGGCCCCAAGAAGAUAUUGUUCGGCAAAGAGUGCAGAGAGACCUUACAAGCCGGAAUUGAUAAACUCGCCGAUGCUGUCUCUCUUACCGUUGGACCCAAAGGACGUAAUGUUAUUCUUUCUGAAUCUGGAAACCUUAAAGUGAUUAAUGAUGGUGUUACAAUUGCGCGAUCCAUUGAGCUUUCGGAUGCAAUUGAGAAUGCAGGUGCCAUCCUAAUUCAAGAGGUUGCAAGUAAAAUGAAUGAGUUGGCUGGUGAUGGAACUAGCACUGCAAUUAUUUUGGCUCGAGCCAUGAUUAAAUCUGGACUAUUAGCAGUUGCUUUUGGGGCUAAUCCUAUUUCUUUGAAGAAGGGGAUGGAGAAGACUGUAAAGGAGUUGGUCAAGUUCUUGAAGGAGAGAAGUGUUCCUGUUGAAGGAAGGGAGCAUAUUAAAGCUGUAGCAUCGAUUUCUGCUGGAAAUGAUGAGUAUGUUGGUAACUUGAUUGCUGAAGCUAUGGCAAAGAUUGGUUCAGAUGGGGUUAUCUCUAUUGAGUCUUCCUCAUCAUCUGAAACCUCUGUGAUAAUUGAAGAAGGGAUGAAGUUUGAUAAGGGUUACAUGUCUCCUCACUUCAUUACAAACCAGGAGAAAUCCAUUGUAGAAUUUGAUUGGGCUAAAGUUUUAGUUACUGAUCAAAAGAUUUCAAAUGUCAAAGAAAUAGUUCCUUUGCUGGAAAAGGCUAUGCAGUUGAGUGCCCCACUCUUAAUUAUUGCAGAGGAUAUCACAAGCCAAGUGUUGGAAACCUUAGUAGUGAACAAAAUGCAAGGAUUACUAAGAGUUGCAGUGGUAAAAUGUCCAGGAUUUGGAGGCGCAAAGAAAGCUUUGUUACAAGAUAUUGCACUUAUGACUGGUGCUGAUUUUCUUUCCGGAGACAUGGGUCUUACACUUGAUGGUGUAACAUCAGACCAGCUUGGCACUGCAAUGAAAGUGACAAUAACCAGUAAUGCAACAACUAUCAUUGCUGAUCCUAGUACCAAGGCUGAAAUUCAGGCUAGAAUUUCACAGAUAAAGAAGGAUCUUAGUGAAACAGAUAAUGCAAACCUGUCAAGAAAACUUUCAGAGAGAAUUGCAAAACUCUCUGGUGGUGUAGCUGUUAUAAAGGUAGGUGCACAUACUGAGCUAGAACUUGAAGAUAGAAAACUUAGAAUUCAGGAUGCAAAGAAUGCAACAUUUGCUGCCAUAAGCGAGGGAAUUGUUCCUGGAGGGGGUGCCACAUAUGUCCACCUGUUGGACUUGAUACCAACAAUAAGGAACUCCAUGGAAGAUCUAGAUGAGCAACUUGGUGCUGAUAUUAUAGCAAAGGCACUCCUUGAACCUGCAAAAUCAAUUGCAUCUAAUGCGGGAGUUGAUGGAGACGUUGUUGUUCAGAAGACUAGAACACAUGAUUGGAGAACAGGAUAUAAUGCUAUGACAGGCAUUUACGAAGAUCUUUUGAAUGCCGGAGUAGCUGAUCCUAGUCGAGUUGCAAGAUGUGCUCUUCAAAGUGCAGUUUCUGUUGCUGGUGUGGUUCUAACUACACAAGCUAUAUUGGUGGAUAAAAUAAAGAAACCCAAGCCACCUGUUCCCAUGGUCCCUGGCAUAACACCCUAAGAUGGAGAAAACAAUUACAAUUUUGAAGAGUCAAGUCUUUCACUGUGUGGAUGCCAUUGGUUUACUCAAAGCUUGUGAAUGUCCUUGGGUUGGUUAAUACUCCAGCAGCAGUAAGAAUAUGCAAGUUUAAACAAUGGGAAAGUCAGAGAUUGCUGCUUCUUACUCUCGAGUUAUAUGACUUGAUGAAACCCAUGUGUCAUGAAGUCAUUGGAACAAUUAGACAACCGGUGAAGACGUGAAGUUCAAGUGCUUUCCACAAGGAAUUCAUUAGUGUUAGGUUUCUUUCAACAUUUUACCGAUUAGUUUUUUUGACACUAUAGUUGAUAUCAGUUUUGUUCCAUGAAACCGGUAAUGUGAUAUUUUCAAGAGACUGUUGAUAAUAAAAAAUCUAAUUUGGGUGCU